UACCCAUUUUCUUGCUCAGCGAUGACUUGCCAAUGGAUAACUCCAGGCUCAAGAGGAACGUCACCGGUAUGUUUCCGAAGCAGAUUGCGCUUGCCAUUUCCUCACCAACUUCAAUGUGGGUCUCUUGGGUCAUGGGGGAUGCUCAGAUUGGCUCCAAUGUGACUGCGCUUGAUCCAUCAUGGGGAACCGAGGAAAGCUAGGUUUGAUUGAAACCCAGAUCUCCUGGGUUCCGAAGAACCCAGCCUUGCUGGGUUUCAUCGAAACCCUGCUGGGUUCGUCGAAACCCAGAUCUGCUGGGUUCCGAUGAACCCAGAUUUGCUGGGUUCAUCGAAACCCAGCCUUGUUGUUUCGACGCGAUUUCCAUUGUUGAUUUACAAUUUGAUUGAUUUUUGUUAGAAUUUAAUUAGAGUUUGAUUGUAUUUUUGUUGAAAUUUGAUUAGAUUUUGAUUGAUAUUGUUUAUUGAAGGGUUAGUUUGAUUUGAUAACAUCUGUUAGGUUAGGUUUGAGGCUUCAAUGAAACCCAGUAGCUGGG